UCACAAAAUGUAGUGUUAGCCUGGCAAUCCGAUUGGGAAAUAAAAUCAGCUGACGGUUUUGGAUGGAAGGAGACGAAGAGGUUAAGGAUGAAUAAAGUGGCUUGUGUACAAACAAUUUAGACCUCCAGUGCGAGUAUAAUAAUGACUAAAAGUUACAGAAUUUUUUUGAAACUUUUAGAACAGUGGUCAGUGGAUUCAACCAAAGUAGGCAGGGAUCUUGGACAACAUAUCCGGGAACAAGUAAAAACAGCAUUUAAAGCAGGAGAAGUAUACCCUUGGGAUGAAAAUGAAUGUAAUAGAAUACAUGCUAGUCUGAAACGGCUAGCAGACAAUCGGUAUGGUCAGAUGUAUCCAAGGAGCUCUAAAUCCUCUGCUUCUGGAUUAUCAGCUGAUGAAUGCCAUGCAGUUCUGUCAAAUGAAUUUCUAGAGGAGUUAAAGAAAUCAGAACAAGGCUUUUUCUCAAAAUUGUUUUAUACCAAAACAUAAGAUGACUGCAAUUUUAAGAAAAAUACCUAAGUUUAAAAAUAUAUGUCAUUACAUACAUUUUGGGAUAUUAACAAGAACAUUUAGUCAAAAAGAAGUUGUAAAAAAGGAAGAACUUCUGCACAUCCCAGUUAUGGUCAAUGAAGUGCUUGAAUGUCUUCAACCUGAGGCUGGUCAGACAUUUAUUGAUAUGACUUUUGGUGCUGGCGGACAUAGUCAACGAAUAUUGGAAUCUGCUCCUGACAUCAAACUCUUUGUUUUGGAUCGAGACCCUGUAUCUUAUUCGAUUGCUAGAAGACUUGCUGACAGAUUUCCUGGUCAAGUUGAGCCAUUACUUGGGAGAUUCAGUGAAUUACCAGUAUUACUGAAGUCACAUGGAAUUAGACAUAGUAGCAUCGAUGGCAUACUUUUUGAUCUUGGAUGUUCUUCCAUGCAGUUUGAUGUUGCUGAAAGAGGAUUCUCUGUGAGUAAAGAUGGCCCCUUAGAUAUGAGAAUGGAUGGUGGCCGCUUCCCAGAAGAGCCCACAGCAGCUGAUGUAUUGGCUAAAGUGGAUGAAGUGGAUCUUGUAAAAAUACUGAGAGUGUAUGGGGAAGAGAAACAAGCCAAGAAGAUUGCACGAGCUGUGAUGGAGGCUAGAUACACCUUUAAGAAACUAGAGACUACUAGUGAACUAGGAGAUCUUGUAGCAUCAGUGUGUGUUGAUGAAGAGAGACUGGACAAACUACAGAGACGUGUUCAUUCUGCAACAAAGACAUUUCAGGCACUCAGAAUAUUUGUAAACAAUGAAGUUAAUGAGUUGAACUAUGGAAUGAUAGUUGCUGAGAAAUAUCUGAAGGUCGGAGGUAAAUUAGUGACACUAACGUUUCAUUCAUUGGAAGAUCGAAUUGUGAAGCGUCACUUGUUAGGCAAUGUAAUUGAUAACGCCAUAAAUCCACUUCCUUUAAAAUAUACCAAUGUGUCUCUUUGGUAUGACAGAAAUGAAGUGGAUAGUUUACUUCACUCAAAUUGGAAACUUAUACAUAAACAUGUCCUUACUCCAAGUGUGGAGGAAAUUAGCACCAACCCAAGAGGUCGCUCAGCAAAGCUUAGGGCUGCAACUAAAGUAAUACACCCAAAUGUUUAAAUAUGUUGCAAAUAAAAAAUAAUAUACUUAUAAAGUAAAAAAA